AUGGUACACCCAGCCACGGCCAUCGUCCCAACCCCAACUAGCUAUACGAACGACCAAGUGGGCUUAGGAUGGCUGAAACGCUUCAACAAGCACACAGCGAAGAAGACAGUGGGCAAGAAGCGCCUUCUCAUCCUUAACGGUCAUAGCUCACACUACACCAAGGGAUUUAUUACAUACUGCGAUGCCAACGGUAUUGUUCCCUUUGGAUUACCUCCAAAUCUGACACACAUACUCAACCACUAG